CGUAUUGCUGCUGUGGGCGCUCCCGCGUCGCGGUGGAUAAUCUGGGAUGCAUUAUUUCUUGUGAGGAUGUUGCUAGGUCUGUUGCUGCUGUAUGUGUAUUGGUAACGUUUCCUGUAAAAUGUCCCUUGUUAUCAGGGAUUUCUCUUGAUUUUUAGUAAAAAGUCGCCCAGUCCCUCGUAGAAAAUGGUGAUGUUUGUGAUAAAACGGCUCUGAUUGGGUAUACUCUGGCCACCCCUCCUGCACCAUGCACUGAAGUGGGUUACCUGACUACAUAUUUCAACAUAUCGUCACAGUUCAUGAUGAGCUGAAACCUAGUGUUUAUUGAAGAUCACUCAGAAGAAUUAAAAAGAUUCACUUUUGGUUCCCUUGCUGCAGAUGUGAUCAAAAAAUAUAAAGAAAGGAGUCUGUGGAAGAAAAUGAAUCUAACAGAGCUUUGUGACAGUGCAAAAAAAGGCAGAGAAUAUGCUCUUCUUGGGAACUAUGAUUCUUCACAGGUUUACUAUCAGGGUGUGAUCCAGCAGAUCCAGCAGUACUGUCAGACAGUCAAGGAGGAGCCAGCACUAAAAGCCAAAUGGCAGGAGGUUCAGCAGGAGUUAAUAAAGGAGUACGAACUAGUGAAGACUAUUGUUAGAACCUUGGAAAGCUUCAAGAUUGAUAGACCUAUAGCUUUCUCAGCACCACGGCAAGAAGAAUUGAAAGACCCUGAUAUCUGGCCACCUCCUCCAGCAGAACACAGAGCUCCUCCUUUCAUGAAGCGGCCAAAUCGUGAAAUAAAACCAGUGAAGAAGGACUUGCCACCAGCUCGUGUAGCAUUGGGUAAAGCACAGGCCUUAGCAAGAAAUGAAAAACCUGCGAGUGCCAGUAAUCCUAGAGGAAGGGGAAGGGAUGAGAAGGGCAAAAAGAAUCCUCAAGAUGGAGGUGUUGAGGCUGAAGUAAAAAAAUUUGAUGGAGCAGGAUAUGAUAAAGAUUUGAUUGAAGCUCUUGAAAGGGAUAUUGUGUCACGUAAUCCAAGUAUUCAUUGGGAUGACAUUGCUGAUUUAGAAGAAGCUAAAAGGUUGCUAAGAGAAGCAGUUGUUUUACCUAUGUGGAUGCCUGAUUUUUUUAAAGGAAUCAGAAGGCCAUGGAAGGGUGUUCUAAUGGUUGGACCUCCUGGAACUGGGAAAACUAUGCUAGCUAAAGCAGUCGCAACUGAAUGUGGCACAACUUUUUUUAAUGUUUCAUCCUCUACUCUAACAUCCAAAUACAGGGGAGAGUCGGAAAAACUGGUGCGCCUCUUAUUUGAAAUGGCUCGUUUUUACGCUCCAACAACAAUAUUUAUUGAUGAAAUCGAUUCUAUAUGCAGUCGCAGAGGCAGCUCUGAUGAACAUGAAGCAAGUCGCCGAGUCAAGUCAGAGCUACUAAUACAAAUGGAUGGUGUUGGUGGUGCAUCAGAAAAUGAUGACCCCUCAAAAAUGGUUAUGGUACUGGCUGCUACAAAUUUUCCAUGGGAUAUUGAUGAAGCAUUAAGAAGGCGACUAGAAAAACGAAUUUAUAUUCCUCUUCCUACAGCAAAAGGCAGAGCUGAGUUGCUGAGGAUAAAUCUUCGAGAAGUCGAAUUGGAUCCUGAUAUUAAUAUUGAGAGCAUAGCAGACCGAAUUGAUGGCUACUCUGGUGCUGAUAUAACUAACAUUUGUAGGGAUGCUUCUUUGAUGGCAAUGAGGCGGCGUAUCCAGGGGUUGACUCCUGAAGAAAUCCGAGCACUGAAUAAAGAAGAAUUACAGAUGCCUGUCACAAUGACUGACUUUGAACUAGCUCUCAAGAAAGUUUCCAAGUCUGUUUCAGCUGCAGACCUGGAGAAAUAUGAAAAAUGGAUGGAAGAGUUUGGUUCUGCAUAAUGAUCCUGUUUUUCUCAUUGAACUUUGACAACAAAGAAUGUUAGUCACAAAUGUGGAAAUAUGUUUUGACUGCUUUUUAAAUUCAGUGCUCUACAGAAAAAAUAUAUACAUUGUAAAUUGGUUUUGCACUUUGCAGCUGAAUGAGGCACAUUAAAAACUGUAUGUUAAAUUUCA